AUGGCAAAGAAAGCUCUCGCCAAAGAUCAAUUCGUCAAACUUAUCGUCGGCGCUGGCCAGGCGAGCCCGAGUCCUCCUGUCGGUCCAGCUUUGGGUAGUAAAGGUGUGAAGAGUAUGGACUUUUGCAAGGUAAAAGACUUUUCAGAAUUCUUAACGCUGGAGCAUGCGUCAUUUCUAACUGGAGACUUGCAGGAGUUCAACGCCCGAACCGCAAACUUCGAAACCGGUACCCCAAUUCCAGCCUACAUCACCAUCCGCCCUGAUCGCUCAUUUGCCUUCGAACUGCGAACGCCCACUACCUCAUGGCUCUUGUUGCAAGCAUCCGGAGUACCCCCGCGCAAGGGUCGGCUUCGUGGAGCUCAAAACCCCGGUACAGAAGUGAUUGGAUCCGUGACUCUCAAACACGUCUAUGAAAUCGCCAAGAUCAAGCACUCCGAAUUGAGGCUGUCGGGAUUGAGCCUGCAAGGGUUGUGCAAGAGUGUUAUUGCUCAGGCUAAGUCGAUCGGCCUCAAGGUUGUGAACUAA